GUUUGAAGCUGAGGGCCCUGGAAGGCCAGGAACUCCAACCAGCUGGAGAAUCUCCUGUAGCUCAUUGAAUCCCACCCUCUGGGAAUUACAAAGGGGCAGAGACUUGCCUAAAAGCACUCAGACCCUUGUAACCAGGCAGUGAGGGCCGUUGCCUCCCGCCGCGUUCCAGGCGCCCGCUCCUGCCAAGGUGCCUGUGGGCAGAGCCCUCCUGAACAGAAAGCCUGACCGGGUGGCUGCCUGCCCGGUGCACCCUCUGCGCAGCCACAGCAGUCCUGUCAGCCGUGGCCACACCCCCAGGGGGAGGAGCUGGACACCAUUGGCUGUCCAGGGCCGCAGGUGGCCUGGGGUUGCACACCUGUUGGUGGUUGGCGUGCACUUCUCCGAUUCCUGUGCUGUUCUUACUCCUGCCCUUUUCCUCUUCAGCUGCUGAUCUGCUCCCAGAUAGGAGUGGAAUGGGGGUCAGUGUGCCCAGGUCCAGGGGUCAAGUCACAGACUGAGGAUGGAGACUAGGGACUGUGCUCUGACCAUGAAGGUUCCCUUUGGUUUCACUGCAAACUCUACUAGUUAUUAGUGCUAUGACCCUUUCUGAGGCUCUAUGGCUUUUCCUAUAAAAUGGGAGCCUAAACAAGGAAGGUCUGUAGCAUAAUGUGGAGGACUGCAAAGCAAUUUAACCUAAGUCGUAAGCAGUCAGUAAAAGGGUAGACAUUAUCAGACCUUCACAGUUAUUCCCAUCUUUCCUGACUAAGAACUUAGAGCCAAUCAGGAAAACUAUCUUGUGUUCUCCCUGUUCUUUGACCCUCCUGACCAAGAUUCGUUUCCCAAUAUCAACUGUCUCAUUUCCCUUCCCUUCCACUUAUAUUAGUAAUGUGCUUACUUUUUAAUCUUCACAAAAACCCUAUAAGGUAGGUACUUUUGUUAUCCUUAUUUCAGAGAUGAGGAAACAUAGGCUUGGAAAGAUCAGACUAAUGGUCUGUGGCAGGGCAGGGGCUUGAACCCAGGUCUGUGUGAUCCCAGAACACAUGCAAUGACCUCUCCUCUCUGCCAUCAUCCUGCACACUCAGGGGUUGUCUUCUUCACCCCUCAGUCUCACAUAGGUCCCACAGCACAGAGCCAGGUUUGGUGCUGACACUGGGCCAGGGCGACGUGGGCCAGCUGGGGCUGGGCGAGAAUGUGAUGGAGAGGAAGAAGCCAGCCCUGGUACCCAUUCCAGAGGACAUCGUGCAGGCUGAGGCUGGGGGCAUGCACACUGUGUGUCUCAGCAAAAGUGGCCAGGUCUACUCCUUCGGCUGCAAUGAUGAGGGUGCCUUGGGAAGGGACACAUCAGUGGAGGGCUCAGAGAUGGUCCCCGGGAAAGUGGAACUGCAAGAGAAGGUGGUACAGGUGUCAGCAGGAGACAGCCACACAGCGGCCCUCACUGAAGAUGGCCGUGUCUUCCUCUGGGGCUCCUUCCGGGACAAUAAUGGUGUGAUCGGGCUCUUGGAGCCCAUGAAAAAGAGUAUGGUGCCUGUGCAAGUGCAGCUGAGUAUGCCUGUGGUGAAGGUGGCCUCAGGAAAUGACCAUUUGGUGAUGCUGACAGCUGAUGGUGAACUCUAUACUUUGGGCAGCGGGGAGCAGGGCCAACUGGGACGUGUGCCUGAAUUAUUUGCCAAUCGUGGUGGCCGGCAGGGCCUCGAACGACUCUUGGUCCCCAAAUGCGUGAUGCUGAAAUCCAGAGGAAGCCGGGGGCACGUCCGAUUCCAGGAUGCCUUCUGUGGCGCCUACUUCACCUUUGCCAUCUCCUCUGAGGGCCAUGUAUAUGGCUUUGGCCUCUCCAACUACCAUCAGCUUGGAACCCCAGGCACAGAAUCUUGCUUUGUACCUCAGAACCUGACCUCCUUCAAGAACUCCACCAAGUCCUGGGUUCGCUUCUCUGGUGGCCAACACCAUACAGUCUGCAUGGAUUCGGAAGGAAGAGCCUACAGCCUGGGCCGGGCUGAAUAUGGGCGGCUCGGCCUUGGGGAAGGUGCCGAGGAGAAGAGCGUACCCACCCUCAUCUCCAGGCUGCCCGCCGUCUCCUCAGUGGCUUGUGGGGCCUCUGUGGGGUAUGCCGUGACCAAGGAUGGUCGUGUCUUUGCCUGGGGCAUGGGAACCAACUACCAGCUGGGCACGGGACAGGAAGAGGACGCCUGGAGCCCUGUGGAGAUGACAGGCAAACAGCUGGAGAACCGCAUGGUCUUAUCUGUGUCCAGCGGGGGCCAACACACAGUCCUACUAGUCAAGGACAAGGAACAGAGCUGAUGAAGCCUCUGAGGGCCUGUUCCUGGCCCCCCCACCUCUCUUCUGGAACAGGGAAGCCAUGACGACUACAUAUUCCUGCAGGCCUCUCCCAGCCCCAAAUACUCUGUCAUCUCCUGCCUUUUCCCCAUCAGCAGAACAGAAUCCUUCACCUCUUUUUUCCCCUCUUUUCCGGAAUUAUCCUGGGACCUACAGGAUGAGGGUGGGAUAGAUGGAAGAGGGGAGGGGGUUUUAUUAGAAGGAACAUUGCUCACCCCACAGCUAUGUGGUUGGACCUUUCUCCCUCAUCCCUACCUCUCAUGGUCCUGGCUGACCCUGGUUUGCCUGUCAGAAACCAAAACUUGCUUCCCUGGGUAUUUGGUGCCCAAACUCUGAGAAGUCAGGGCUCCAUCAGGCCCUACUCUAGUCACGUGCCAUUCUUCCUGUCCACUAGACAGGUGGUAGCGAGGUCAGACCCAGCUGUCAUGGACCUGUGCCUGGGGCAAACUGGAGAAGGAGCCAGGCUACCCGUUCAUGGGCAACCCCAAGCCAGAUAUUUGGCCCUGAACAGGUGCCCAUGAGGCAAAAACAAAAAACAGUGAUCCUCCACUUGAUCAAGAAAAACGCCAAUCAGCCUUUCUCCCAGAAGCACAAAGAAUUCUGCCCUUCAGGCUUUGUCUGCAGAGUCUCACCCACCCAACCUGCCUCACUUGCAGCCAAAGGCCUGAAAUCGAAAGGAAGCUAUGCCUGCAGGGCGGGACCUGGGGAGAGAAGGGAAGGAGGGCUUUAUAAACAAACUUAUAGCAAUGUUGAGAGAGAAGGGAGGGAGGGGAAGAGGGUUGGAGGAGCAGAAGCUGGUCCCCAAAAAAGGAAGCAGCAGCUUGUACAGUGGCUUAAAAAAUAGAAGGGUUUUGAUUUUUUUUUUUUAAUGUAAACUAUUUUGGAGGGGAGAGUGAAAUCUUUUAACACUUUGAAUAAAUUUAGAGUUUUAUAAAACAGGCCACUUGUUUUCUACGCACUCCCUGCUUUUUUAAGGGAGCACCUGCUGUGUUGGGAAGGGCAGAAUAAAUCCAUGCCUGUGGACCUGGCAAAGACUAGGACUUCAAGACUAGGAUUUGCAGAAGUCCUCGUGUGUGCCAGUCAGCUGUUCUUUUCUUUUUUUAAAAAAAAUAUGGAAUAGUGGCUGUUAGAGACAAAUCAAAAAAAUUGAGUUGAUUUUUGUUAGGUAUUUUUGUUUCAGGAAUCACUGGAUUUUAAAAAAAACUAUAUAAUAUGAGAGGCAUGGGAUGGAUCUUUUAGUAUCCUAAUCCCAAACCAAGAUUUUUGAGUGCAGUACUUCUCUAGAAAUGCUUAUACUAAGCUGGAUGAUAUGUCAUUUCCACACCUGGUAGAGAUGAUUAACUGCACAGUAUCUCUUAAGAUAACUUAUGCAUAAUGAUGUAGAUUUUCACAGGCAUUUGAGCAACCAAAUCUUACAGAGUUUGACCUGUCCAGUAUGGUGGGCACUAGCUACAUGUGGCUAUUCAUAUUUAGUUUAAAUUUGUAAAAAUAAAAUGAACUUCCUCGAUUGCACUAGCCACAUUUCAAGUCCUCAAUAGUCAAAUGUGGCUAGUGCCUAUAGUAUUGGGCUAUGCAAAUACAGAAAUAUAUAGAACAUUUCUAUAAUUGUAGAAAGUUAAGUGGACAGUGCUGAUAUAGUGGGUCUGUAAAUGUACAGCAGGAAAGUUUUAUUAGUGCCAGGAAGAUUCUUGGAUGUCAGUGACUCUUGGAAAAAUGAAUUAUGCUGUAAAAUGACUUAAAAUGUAUUCUGUGAUUUUUUUUUCUUGAACUUUUCAUUUUGAUGCAGGUACUAUACUGAUUAGAAAUUGACUUCUUAGAAGGGAAAACUCACACUUUUGAUUUUAGUAUUUUCUUUGUAAGAAGUACUUGUGUGUCCACUCUUCCCUCGCCCCACUCUCCCCUCAAAAAAAGUGCAUUUGGAUUAAGUUUACUGAAGUUUUCCCUUUUGACAAUAUAGCAGAUUGAAAGUACCCUGUCCUUGGUAACAGCUCUUGUGGAUUGAGACCUAAAACAGGCAGUGUUGAGCAUUUUGCAUAAAAUAAUAGCUCAUUCAAUCCUCACAUCAGCCCUGUGAAAUAGGAAUUGCUCUUCCUCAGAAAAAAGUUCCUGAGAACUGACGAGCUUGAGGCUAAGAAGCUAGCAAGUGCACAGACUAGGCUGGAUUUUUUUUUUUUUUUUUUUUUUUUUUUUUUUUUGGCUGUACCCAUGGGAUGUGGAAGUUCCUGGGCCAGGGAUUGAACACGCAUCUCAUGCACCUCAGCAACCUGAGCCACAGUAGUGACAGUGCUGGGUCCUGAACCUGCUGAGCCACAGGGGAACUCCCUAGGCUGGUGAUUAAAUCAGCCUCCACCUGAGCCCAAAACCUCAGUUCCUUUUCCCUGUAUUGGAUGUAAGAGUUAUAAAGCUCUCUGUAGGUGUUUACAUAUGUUAGAACAGUGUUGGGCACAGAGUAAAUGUUCCAGAAGUCUUUGCUAUUAUGACCAUUGCACAUUUUAAAAUUCCCUGUGGUUAAUAAUCGCCUUGUUUUUCACAUGCUUAGUUUUUUGGUAUAAGUAUCAUUAAUUUAAUGUCAGUGUCUAUGAGAAGUAAAUCUCCUUUUUUUGUGUUCAAACACAUCAAAUACGCUCAAUUUUAUCUUUUCCCCCAUUCUCCUCCAACCUGAAUUGGUUACCUGAAAACAAAUGUAAUCACCCCAUAUGGUUCAGCUAUAAAUAAUGUUUACAAAGUC